GCCCUUUUACAACACUGCCGAUUUCCCACGUGCAGUUGCCGCUCUUGGUGUUUUUUAUUUUAUCCGCUGCUUGUUUCGUUUGUUUACAAUGUAUUUUAAAUCGGAAUACGAAGAUAAAAAAGAUAUCAGUAUAACACAAGCGACAUUCGCGAAGGGAAAAGAUAACAAUAAUGUCUUAGGUGUUCAUAAGACUUCCAAGGCCUGCAAGCGCGAAUUUCUGGAAGAGACGGAUCAAAUUGAGAUCCGUAAGGAUCUCUUUGACAGCGAAAGCGCCGUGGAAUUGGAGAACUUUGACCUCGCCGUCCAUGAUGUCUGGGUGGUGCAGUGUCCCAAGGGAGUGGAUCCGAGUGCACUGACCAGCAAGCGGAUUAAGAUGCCUGGUCGUCGCUAUGUGGACAAUCUUCAAGUGCGAACCACGCACUUCUCGGAGCCAGUGAGUCAGUCCAUUGGCUAUGUGAAUGCCAGGGGAAAGUACACAUUGCGUCAGAUGCCACUGGUCGGACACAUGAUCGUCAGCAAGCGUCUCAAUAUGGUGAAACCCAGUGCUGAUGAUGAUGAAACCAAUGCAUUUCCAAAGCAAAGUAAACCACCCAAGUUCCGGUUGCCGGAACGUCAUCCGUUCUUUGGACGGAACUACAAGGAACGCAUCGAGGUGAACAAGAAGACAUCUAAGAAGCUGCGACAUGCGGAGAAGAAGAGUGCCGAGGCUACCAUCAAUUUACGAUCAGCUUCCAAUUAUUAUAGCAUACGCAGCAAGAUGUUGGCCAGCACACAGACGCUGGAGCAGAAGGAGCACGAUAUUCGUCAAUCUGUGCUAACUGGCGUUUCGCCAAAAUUCUUGAAUAAUGCUGCUCAUCCAAAUUAUGUGGAUCUCACUAACGAUGACAAACAGGAGGAGGAUGAGGAAGUUGUGCCCGUCAAGCAACGCAAACGCAAAGCCAAUGGCGUGGAUAAAUCCGUAACCAACGGCAAUGUUGAUGAUAACGAUGCCCAGGAAUCCGCCAAGAAAAAGAAGAAGCGGAAAACUGAGGAGACGGCGACUAAAAGCAACAAGAAGCUCAAAUCGGCUUAACCAUAGACUAUAGAAACUAAUAAAAACAAACCUUCGUUUUAGUUAUGUAUAAUCAAAGAAUAUACAAUUAUGUAUUAAUUGUUUUAUUCAGUUGUUUAAAUUAAAUUUUACUAAACUACAAUUCCUUAAUUUAA